AAGCUGCUGCUCAGAGCACUCGCACAGGUACAUGCCACUGCCUCCUCCAGUCCCUCUGGCUCCCCCACCUCGGAGCUCAGGCUCUGGGAUCUUGGCUCCAGGCUCUGCCAGGUGCUGGGCUCUGGAUACCUGAGGCUGCUCCGCCUGGAGAGUGGGGCACAGGCCCUCCAGCCACAGGCACCCACUCAGCCAGGCCCAUCUCCUCCUCCAGGUCCCCAAGAUGAAGGCUGUGGUGCUCACCUUGGCCCUGCUCUUCCUCACAGGGAGCCAGGCUCAGCAUGAAACACAGCAAGAGGAGCCCCUGUCACAAUGGGAGCAAGUGAAGGCUUUAGCCCAGGUGUAUCUGAACUCAGCCAAAGUCAGGGGCAGAGCGUACAUAGUCAAGUUGGAAGAGACCGACCUGGCAAAAAACCUGAAUCUGACGACAGUCCUUGAAAAAUUGUACACCCUGAACAACAAGGUCACGGACCUGCUGCCGACCCCGAACUGGGAGAAACUGAAGGAGGAGGUGGGGACGGUGACCGGGGAGCUGAACAAGGACCUGACGGAGGUGAUGAAGCCCUACCUGGAGGGCAUCCAGAAGAAGUGGCAGGAAAGGGUGGAGCCGCUGGGCCAGGACCUGUCUGUGAGCGUGCAGAGUCACCUGCUGGUGCUGCAGGAGAAGCUGAGACAGCUGGGCGAGAAGGUGCGGAAAGGCGCGCAUGAGCACAUGGAGCAAGCGCUUGAGCACGUGCCCUCGCUGCCCGUGAUCCUGCAGCCCUUCGGCGAAGAGCUGCGCGAGUGCCUGGAGCCUGGCACCGGCAAGCUGCGCGAGUGCCUGGAGCCCUACGGGGAGCAUCUGCGCCAGCGCCUGCAGGCGCUGCGGGAGGGCGGCGUGGGGCUGGCCAAGCUGCGGGAGCAGGUGGGCGAGCAGCUGCUCGCGCUGCACAAGCAGGCGGAGCCCACGCUGGGGGAAAUGCACAGUGACCUGCAGCCGCUGUGGGAGAGCCUCCAGGUUGCCUUCCUGUACGGCAUCGGCGACAUCUCCCAGAGGCUGACCGGCCAGUGAGGCGCCCGCUCCCCUCCCCGUCCUCGGUCCCCUUCCCAUCGCUCGGCUUCUGAGAAUAAACGUUUACAAAGCGGGACACAUGUGUUGGGUUUGAUGCUUUCUGGAGC